AUGAUAUUGUUACUCUUGGCUUGUCUGACUCAAACGUACGGCAACAAAACAUUUUUCUUCAAAACACACCACAAUGAAAUUACUUCUAUGAGGUAUGUUCUUUAUCUCUCUGAUUUAAAUGAAACUGCAUUCAGACUAUCUACAACACUCGGAGAUAAAUUGAACCGAACGACAGACAUUAUAAAGAGUGAAACAGAUACAUUACGAGCAGAGACGUAUUGUAUACGAGAAGUAGUUAUGGUUCUCUCCCAACGAAACCUAUCACUUGUCGAGGCCCAAAUGGGAAUUAUAUACAAAACGAUAAACAACUUUGCGGAUGAAAAUAGUCCUCUUGCGUUUCAAAAGAAAGACUAUGCUGAGGUGAAGGACACUGAAUAUAUUUUGGUGUGUAAAAAUGGACUUCUUACCAUUUAUAGUGGAAGUUCCUUUGGGAAGAAGACACAAGUAAAUGAUACUGCGUGUGGGGAAUACAUAGCAGCUGGUGAUUUAACAGUUGCUAUCAAGACCAUGACUCUACUAAACAUUAUUAAUAUCGACAAAGACGGCCAAGCCAAAAUUACAAAGAGUAUAUCUUUGAAGAAAUACUCUAACACUUCUCUAACGCUUGAAUACGAUCCACUUUGUGGGAACAUACACAACACGUUUUAUGUAGCAGUGAGCGACAGAGACCAAAUCAUUGUAUUUGAUUACGCUGAUGACUAUACUCAGGAGAACUACUUGAUUGUCCCAUUUUACUAUUCUAAUAGCCAACCAAAUCCACAGUAUUCAAAUAACAUGGCUACCUAUGGUUCUCUAUUUGUUGUUGGUGCGUACAGAUAUGACAAUAACAGAGGACGAAUUUUAAUCUACUUUGAUCACAAAUUAACAGAUCUUACUCCGCGGUUUGAACUUUUGGAGGUGAAAGAAGGGAGAGAAAGUGGGAUGGAAAUGGGGUAUUCUGUUUCUGUGAAUGAACGGCGAGUGUAUGUAGGGGGGUACGGCACUACGUGGGAAGACAUGAUAUUUGAUUCGCAAGCCAUAGUGAACAAUUGUAAUGAACGGGAGUGUAAUUGCGGAAUUGGGUACAAUUAUGAUGAAGAACAGUUGGUGUGUAAAAAAGACUUGAAAAAGAUGAAUUUGGGUAUUGGUCUUGGCGUUGUAGUUGGAGUCUUAUUGCUGAUCUUAGUCAUUUCCAUCAUAGUUGCGAUCAUUGUAUGGAAAUACAAAAUGAGGAAAACGGAAGACAAAGCGAAGACGUACAAAUUAAAUGGGACUGAAAUGGAGUUCAUGUACAAUGAAAACUUUCCAUUCAAAUUUAGUGUUGAGGAACUUAAAUUUGGGAGUGAGAAAGGGCCUGUCCCUGUCGGUAAAAAGCUGUGUGACAAAAUUGUCAUAUCCAAUCGCUCGAAAAAGAAAUUGAAGUAUCGCGUUGAACCGCCCGAGACUUAUCGAUUUAGAUGUGUUGUUAAACAUGGUGUUGGUGUCCUCGAUAGGGGGUAUGGUGUAUCGAUAGAAGUUGAGAUUGUAAUGAAUUGUACAUGUCACACUGAAGAGUAUCUGACAGUAGUAUCGUGUGGCCAAGGAAAUACAGAAGAUGAAGAGAUCUAUGCGCGCAUACCUAUUAAAUUAGAGAGUGUAGUGUCUCCUUAUAUUGAUUAUGUUGAAGUGAAGUCCGAGACUUUAGUUGGUGAGGGUGGGUUUGGUGGCGUGUUUAAAGGCAAUUACAGAGGGCAAGUUGUAGCUAUCAAAGAGAGUCGAAAUGUGUUAACGCCGGACGAGCGGAUUCAAUAUGAACAAGAGGUGAGCACAUAUUCAUCGAUUCGGAAUGAGUACAUUGUGCAAUUUAUUGGAAGUAGUGAUGUACCUGGUCACACGUUAAUGGUUAUGGAAUUUGCCCCAUUUGGGAGUGUUAAAAGUGCAUAUCUGAAGCCGGAAUUUACUGAACUGUUAGGGAUGAAGUGUUUGAGUGAUUGUGCGAAAGGGAUGCGAUUUUUGCACGCGAACGGGAUUUUACAUCGCGAUUUGAAGCCGGACAAUUUACUUCUCUUCUCGUUCAGUCCAAAGGUCCAAUUUGCAGCGAAGAUCUCUGAUUUUGGGACUUCACAAAGUGUAGUGAGCAUUAAGGAAAAUUCAAAACAAAACACACAAAGUUCACAAGGGUCACAAGCUGUUGGCACUCCAAUGUAUAUGGCACCAGAAAUGAUAUCAAAUUUGGACUAUGGCACCCCUAUUGAUGUGUUCUCGUUUGCAAUCACCGCACUUGAAAUCUUGUCGAAGAAAGUCCCAUAUUCAGACAGCUCCUUGUUCCAACAUAAUUGGGAUAUCGCAGACUUUGUUACUACAGGGAAGAGAUUACUUCUACCAGACACAUUUAACUCGACUAUUAAACAAUUGAUCACAAAAUGCUGGGACAUGAACCCAAUGAAACGCCCACAAUUCAAAGAGAUCGAUGAGGUCAUCGAAAUCAUUUUUCAAGACUUCUUGAGAAAGGAGUAA